AUCAAAUGGAAAGAAGACAUCAAUGAUGAAUACCCGGGCAAAGGAAAGGCAUUAUUUCAAGUGAACCAAUGGCUCACGUGGUUGGAAGAGGCAGAGGAGGAGGAGGAGGACGAGGAAGACACCGACCCGAUCCUCAAUUAG